AUCGCGCCGCUCGACGCCAGCACGGUCUUCACCGUCCUCGCCACGCUCAGGGUCAUGUCGGAGCCGGUGAGGAUGCUGCCGGAGGUGAUGACGAUGGUGAUCCAGUACAGGGUGUCGCUCGGCCGCAUCGGGAGGUUCCUCGCCGAGGACGAGAUCAACGACGGCGACGUGAUCAGAGCGCCGCCUUCAGAUGAUUCAAGAAUCAUCAACGUGCAAGAUGGCAGCUUUAGCUGGAGUGGGAGCGCAGCUGAGCUGACGCUGAAGAAUGUUCACCUCAGCAUUCGGAGAGGGGAGAAGGUGGCAGUUUGUGGCCCAGUUGGAUCAGGCAAAUCAUCACUCCUCUUUGCAUUGCUUGGGGAGAUACCUAGAACACCAGGAUUGGUCGAGCUGUACGGCACAGUGGCGUACGUUUCGCAGGACUCCUGGAUACAGAGCGGCGCCGUCCGUGACAACAUACUCUUCGGGAGGCCAUACAACAAGGAGCAGUAUGACAGGGCGAUCAGAGCCUGCGCUCUGGACAAGGACAUGAGAAGCUUCGGCCAUGGAGACCUCACCGAGAUCGGGCAGCGAGGGCUCAACAUGAGCGGCGGUCAGAAGCAGAGGAUUCAGCUGGCGAGAGCGGUUUACAGCGACGCAGAUGUGUUCCUCCUGGAUGACCCCUUCAACGCCGUCGAUGCACACACCGCCGCUGUUCUGUUCUACGAUUGUGUAAUGGCAGCACUUGCAGAGAAGACUGUGGUCCUUGUGACUCACCAGGUUGAGUUCCUAACCGAGACCGAUCGGAUUAUGGUCAUGGAAGGUGGCCAUGUCAGACAACAGGGGGUUUAUUCAGAGCUAAUGGAAUCCGGGACAGCGUUUGAGAAGCUCGUCUCGGCUCACCAGUCAUCGAUCACAGAGCUGGAUAGUUCAAGCCAGCAAGGCCAAGUCCAGGGGCAAGUUGUGCCUGAUGAUCACAGCAAAUCGCAGGUUGCACUGCAGGACAGUGAUGCUGAGGUGUCUGCAAGAGGCCCCUCUUCAUCCCAGCUCACACAAGAGGAAGAGAAGGAGAUUGGAGGCCUUGGUUGGAAGCCAUACAGAGACUACAUCGAUGUGUCCAAGGGAGCUUGGCCCCUCUCUGUGAUGUUCAUUACUCAGCUGCUUUUCACAUCGUUCCAGAUGAUGGCCACAUUCUGGCUGGCUGUGGCUGUGCAGAUGGAAGUCAGUAGUGCUCUUCUGGUAGGUGUGUAUUCAGGGCUAUCCAUCUUCUGCUGCUGCUUUGCCUACUUCAGAACCCUCUCUGCAGCUAAGCUGGGGCUCAAGGCCUCCAAAGCAUUCUUUACCGGUCUAAUGGAUUCUGUAUUCAAGGCCCCUAUGUCAUUCUUUGACUCGACACCGGUUGGAGGAAUCUUAACAAGGGCAUCUUCAGAUUUGAGCAUCCUGGACUUUGACAUACCUUACUCCAUAGCUUACGUGGUUCUUGGUGCUAGUGAGAUCAUCACAAUGUACCUUCCCAACUCAGAGCUGAUGUGGUUUAAAAACUAGGUGGCCACAGCUAGAGAGCUAGCAAGAAUCAAUGGAACAACAAAGGCACCAGUCAUGAACUAUGCAACAGAAUCAAUCCUUGGUGUGGUGACCAUCAGGGCUUUUGAAGCAACAGACAGGUUCAUCCAUAAUAACCUGCAACUCAUAGACACCGACGCGACAAUGUUCUUCCACACGGUUGCUGCACAUGAGUGGGUCCUAAUAAGAGUAGAGGCACUGCAAUGCCUGACAAUACUAACAGCAGCACUGCUUCUUGUUUUGGCUCCUCCAGGAGCUGUCUCACCAGGCUUUGCGGGUCUGAGCCUCUCCUUUGCUUUGUCACUGACGACGCUUCAGGUUUUCCUGACAAGGUUCUAUUCCUACAUGGAAAACUACAUCAUUUCAGUUGAGAGAAUAAAUCAGUACAUGCACCUUCCAUCAGAGCCUCCAGCCAUUGAACCAGAGAAUAGGCCUCCAAGUUCAUGGCCACAGGAGGGGCAAAUCGACCUGCAAGAUCUCAAGGUCAAAUACCGGCCAAACAUGCCCCUUGUCCUCAAAGGAAUCACCUGCACAUUUGCUGCUGGAAACAAAAUUGGAGUUGUAGGGAGAACUGGGAGUGGGAAAUCAACACUCAUCAGCUCGUUGUUUCGUCUCGUUGAUCCUGCAGGUGGGAGGAUACUGAUUGAUAAGCUGGACAUCUGCACUAUUGGUCUCAGUGAUCUAAGAACUAAACUGAGCAUCAUCCCCCAAGAACCUACACUUUUCAGAGGAACUGUGCGCAAUAACCUGGACCCUCUUGGUCUGCAUUCAGAUGAAGAGAUAUGGGAGGCCUUGGAGAGAUGUCAGCUACAGGAAGCUAUUCGCAGCACACCUGCUCUUCUUGAUACAGUAGUGAGCGAUGAUGGCAGCAACUGGAGCGUUGGUCAGCGCCAGCUCUUCUGUCUUGGCAGAGUUCUCCUCCGGAGGAACAGAAUUCUUGUGCUGGAUGAAGCAACGGCAUCCAUCGACUCUGCAACUGAGCAGAGGUUCAUCAGGCAACAAUUCUCGAGUUGCACAGUUGUAACCAUUGCCCACAGGGUUCCAACUGUCACAGACAGUGACAAAGUCAUGGUACUUUCAUACGGGGAACUUAUGGAAUAUGAAGAUAAACAAUCAGCCUUUGCCAAACUUGUGGCCGAAUAUUGGGCUAAUCCCAAAAGGAACAUAUCAUGAUUCUACUGUUCUUUGUCGGAGCAUGAUAAAGGAGAUGAGAAUUCGAUCAUGAAAAAUAAAAGAUCGGUUUCCCAGGUUGUUGAAUAGCUUCAGUGAAGAUAUGUGAAGACAUAACAAUACAUUGUUUUGUUCAGUGAGAAAUUUUUUUUUCCUCAGAUCACAAGAUCCGUGCUUGAUAUGAAAAUUCUACGUGCAUCAAUUAAAUCAACUGAUGAGGAAGAGUCGAAGAGACAGAGAAUUAAAUCCAAAGGUGACACAGUAGUAAUUAUAUUGUGUUCAGUGAUAAUGUUGUGUUCGAUACAAUUAAUCUUAACCUCAUGCCAGGUUGACAUGUUCCUAAACUUGUAUACUUGGGUAGCUUAGGUGUAACUAUCAAAUAAUUAGGCCAGUUUGUACACUUAAUACAACAGAUCUACAACUUUAGGAACAACAGUAACAGUAGCAUGUCAAGUCAUCUGCCCUAAUUUAAUAAACAUGUUGACACAA